CUCCUUCCCGCGUGGACACCGGGAACAGCGCAACCUCGUCCGAGAACUUUGAUGGGACUAAUAUGCGGGUUUUUCUUAUUUAUUCGAACGCCUACCUCCAACGAGGACCCCACUCACAGACUUAGCCCCGCCUUCUUCAGCUCCGCCUAUUCCGUUCUCGGAAGUGGAUGAACCAGAGAAUCCCGCAAAGCACGCCGGGUGUUGUAGUUCCGGAAGCCAAGCCGGAGUGCGCGUCGUCAUGUGGCCCAGAGUGCUGCUGGGGGAGGCCCGGGUGGCUGUGGACGGAUGUCGCGCUCUGUUGUCUCGCCUCGCCGUGCGUUCCUCCCCGCCAUGGACUGCUGUGAGCUGCUCACCCCUGCGGAGGAGCCUGCAUGGAACUGCGACGCGAGCUUUCCCGCUCAUCCCCAUAGUGGUGGAGCAGACGGGUCGAGGCGAGCGCGCUUAUGACAUAUACUCGAGGCUGUUGCGGGAACGCAUCGUGUGUGUCAUGGGCCCGAUUGACGACAGUGUGGCCAGUCUGGUCAUCGCCCAGCUGUUGUUCUUACAGUCUGAAAGCAACAAGAAGCCCAUUCAUAUGUAUAUCAACAGCCCAGGUGGUGUGGUAACUGCAGGCCUGGCCAUCUACGACACAAUGCAGUACAUCCUCAACCCCAUCUGCACGUGGUGUGUUGGACAGGCUGCCAGCAUGGGCUCCUUGCUCCUCGCCGCAGGCAGUCCCGGCAUGCGCCAUUCACUGCCCAAUUCCAGAAUCAUGAUCCACCAGCCCUCUGGAGGAGCCAGGGGCCAAGCCACAGACAUCGCCAUCCAGGCAGAGGAAAUCAUGAAGCUGAAAAAGCAGCUGUACAACAUCUAUGCCAAACACACCAAGCAGAGCCUGCAAGUGAUCGAGUCAGCCAUGGAGAGGGACCGCUACAUGAGCCCCAUGGAGGCCCAAGAGUUUGGCAUCUUGGACAAGGUCUUGGUCCACCCACCUCAGGACGGGGAGGAUGAGCCAGAACUGGUACAGAAGGAGACUGCCACAGCGCCGACGGAUCCUCCUGCCCCGACAGGCACCUAAGGGCCAGGAGUGUGGAGACCAGACUAAGACUUCCUCUGCUGGGCCCAAGAACAACCCCUGGAGGAGAUGUGGAUUGAGGUUGCCCUCAGAGCAGGGCAGACUGAGACACUGUGAUUUAAAUUAAAUCUUUGUAGUCUUUGUCCCA